CAAGAGCGCAGUUGUGCCUGCGCCGCGGAGACAUGGAUUCCAAUGCUAUUAUAAAAUGCUCAGCAUUGCAUGUGAAGCCCAAAGGACUCACUCUUCAGUAUGGGACUGCUGGGUUUCGGUCAAAAGCAGAACAUCUUGAUCAUGUCAUGUUUCGCAUGGGUUUACUCGCUGUUCUGAGAUCCAAGCAGACAAAAUCUACAAUAGGAGUCAUGGUUACAGCAUCUCACAACCCUGAGGAAGACAAUGGUGUGAAGUUGAUUGACCCUUUGGGUGAAAUGUUGGCUCUGAGCUGGGAGGAACAUGCUACCCAUUUGGCAAAUGCUGAAGAGCAAGAUGUGCUGAGGGUGUUAACGGACAUCAGCGAGAGAGAGGCCGUGAAUCUGCACCAUGAUUCCUUCGUCGUGAUUGGUAGAGAUACCAGACCCAGCAGUAAGAAACUUUCAGAGGCUGUUAUAGAUGGUGUGACUGUUUUGGGAGGUCAAUUCCAUGAUUAUGGAUUGUUAACAACGCCUCAGCUGCACUAUAUGGUGUGCUGUCGGAAUACUAAUGGCCAGUAUGGAGAAGCAACCUUGGAAGGGUAUUACCAGAAGCUCUCCAAGGCCUUUGUGGAACUUAGCAAACAGGUUUCCUAUAAUGGAGAUGGACAUAGAUCACUUAAGGUAGAUUGUGCAAAUGGUAUAGGGGCCCUAAAGUUAAAAGAAAUGGAGCACUACUUCUCGAAGGAGCUCUCAAUCAAGCUGUUCAAUGAUGGAACCAAAGGGAAACUAAAUUAUCUCUGUGGGGCUGACUUUGUGAAAAGUUGUCAGGAACCUCCACAGGGAAUGGACAUAAAAUCCAAUGAGAGAUGUUGUUCUUUUGAUGGAGAUGCUGACAGAAUUCUCUAUUACUACUGUGACACAGACGGCCACUUUCAUCUCAUAGAUGGAGACAAAAUGGCAGCACUCAUUAGCAGUUUCCUCAAAGAGCUCUUGCUAGAGAUUGGAGAAAAUUUAAAUAUUGGUGUUGUGCAAACAGCAUAUGCAAAUGGAAACUCAACAAGAUAUCUUGAAGAAGUUGUGAAGGUUCCUGUCUAUUGCACUAAGACCGGUGUAAAACAUUUACACCAUAAAGCUCAAGAGUUUGACAUUGGAAUUUAUUUUGAAGCAAAUGGUCAUGGCACAGUACUGUUUAGUAAACCUGCUGAAACAAAGAUAAGACAACUUUCAAAAGAACUAAGAGGAAAGAAGAGGAAUGCUGCAGAGAUCCUUGAGAACAUCAUUGACUUGUUCAAUCAGGCAGCUGGUGAUGCUAUUUCUGACAUGCUGGUGAUUGAGGCAGUCCUGGCUCUGAAAGGCUUGACUCUGCAGCAGUGGGACGCUCUCUAUACAGAUCUUCCAAAUAGACAGCUCAAAGUUAAGGUUGCAGAUAGAUAUGUUAUAAGCACCACUAAUGCUGAGAGACAAGCCAUUACUCCCCCAGGACUCCAAGAGGCAAUUGAUGGCCUGGUGAAGAAGUACAGGCUUUCUCGGGCUUUUGUUCGCCCCUCUGGCACAGAAGAUGUUGUUCGAGUAUAUGCAGAAGCCGACUCACAAGAAAGUGUGGAUAGCCUUCUACAUGAAGUGAGCUCGGUGGUCUUUCAGCUGGCUGGAGGAAUCGGAGAAAUACCUCAACUAAGUUUCUGAAGAUAAUUUUUAUAUUUUCAAGAAACUGAACUUUUAGCAUUUGCAAAACAAUAAUACUGUCAUUGGUG